CGCUCACCCCGGGAGCUCCCUCCCCGCGGGCCCAGCGCCCCGGGGCACGGCCCUGGGCCGCCCCCUCCCCACGGGACCGGCCCCUCGCAGCCGGCUGCAGCCUGGACGGCGGCCCCCGCCCCCAGCGCCUGCGUGCGCGAGCCUCCCGCCCCGCCCGGCCCCGGCCCCGGCCCCGUGUGCGCGGCGCAGUCGGCGGCGGAGCGGGGCUGCGGCGGCUGCUCGGACAUGGGCGGGCUGCGGGCGGGCGUGUGCGGGCUGCUGCUAGGGCUGUGGGUCGCGGUCGGCGCGGCGCAGGAGCCCGAGUACAGCUACGGCUGCGCCGAGGGGAGCUGCUACCCGGCCACGGGCGACCUGCUCAUCGGCCGCGCCUCGCAGCUGUCCGCCUCCUCCACGUGCGGGCUGCGGCGGCCCGAGCCCUACUGCAUCGUCAGCCACCUCCAGGAGGACAAAAAGUGUUUCACGUGUGACUCCCGUGAUCCCUUCCAUGACACUCUCAACACUGAUAGUCAUCGCAUUGAAAAUGUGGUCACAACGUUUGCUCCAAACCGCCUGAAGCUUUGGUGGCAGUCAGAAAAUGGUUUGGAAAACGUAACUCUUCAGCUCAAUCUGGAGGCUGAAUUCCAUUUCACUCAUCUCAUCAUGACCUUCAAGGCAUUCCGCCCAGCUGCAAUGCUUAUAGAAAGAUCAUCUGAUUUUGGAAAAACCUGGCAAGUAUAUAGAUACUUUGCAUAUGAUUGUGAGAAUUCGUUUCCUGGAGUUUCAACUGGACCCAUGAAGAAAGUAGACGAUAUCAUUUGUGAUUCCCGAUAUUCUGACAUUGAGCCUUCAACUGAGGGAGAGGUCAUAUUUCGUGUUUUAGAUCCCGCUUUUAGAAUUGAAGACCCAUAUAGUCCGAGGAUUCAGAACCUAUUAAAGAUCACAAAUUUAAGAAUCAAAUUCACCAAGUUGCACACUUUGGGAGACAACCUUUUGGAUUCUAGAAUGGAAAUCAAAGAGAAGUACUACUAUGCCAUUUAUGACAUGGUGGUUCGUGGGAACUGUUUCUGUUAUGGACAUGCCAGUGAGUGUGCACCAGUAGAAGGUUUUAGCGAAGAAGUGGAAGGAAUGGUCCAUGGGCACUGCAUGUGCAGGCAUAAUACCAAAGGGUUAAACUGUGAACAGUGUUUGGAUUUCUACCAUGAUUUACCAUGGAAACCAGCUGAAGGCCGCAAUAGUAAUGCAUGUAAAAGGUGCAAUUGCAAUGGACACUCAGUCCACUGCCAUUUUGAUAUGGCUGUAUACAUCACAACUGGAAAUACCAGUGGUGGAGUGUGUGAUAACUGCCGGCAUAACACAAUGGGACACAACUGUGAGCAAUGCAAACCCUUUUACUUCCAGCAUCCAGAAAGAAAUAUACAGGACCCAAACAUCUGCGAGCCUUGUACUUGUGAUCCAGCGGGUUCCCAAAAUGGUGGAAUAUGUGAUCGUUAUACUGACUUCUCUGCUGGCCUUAUUGCUGGACAGUGCCGCUGUAAAUUUUUUGUGGAAGGGGAACGAUGUGAUAUCUGCAAAGAAGGAUUUUAUGGAUUAAGUUCAGAUAACCCAACCGGAUGUCUAUCUUGUGCAUGUAAUCCUUUGGGGACUCUUCCUGGAGGGAAUCCUUGUGAUUCAGAAACAGGAAACUGUUACUGUAAGCGACUAGUAACAGGAAAGCACUGUGACCAAUGUUUGCCUGAACACUGGGGUCUGAGCAAUGACAUGGAUGGAUGUCGGCCUUGUGACUGUGAUCAAGGGGGAGCGCUAAACAAUAACUGCUCAAGUGAAUCUGGACAGUGCGAGUGCAGGCCCCAUAUGAUUGGACGUCAGUGCAGUGAAGUGGAACCUGGCUAUUAUUUCAUUUCAUUAGACCAUUAUAUCUAUGAAGCAGAAGAAGCCAACUUUGGUCCUGGAGUGAGCAUAAUUGAACGCCAAUAUCCUCAAGAUCGUACCCCAUCGUGGACUGGAAUAGGAUUUGUAAGAGUCCCUGAAGGGGCAUUCCUGGAAUUCUAUAUAGACAAUAUUCCAUAUUCUAUGGAGUAUGACAUUUUGAUUCGUUAUGAGCCACAGUUACCAGACCAAUGGGAAAAAGCUGUUAUCACUGUGUCACGCCCAGGCAAGAUUCCAACUAGUAGCCGAUGUGGUAAUACCGUUCCUGAUGAUGACAAUCAGAUGGUAUCGUUAUCACCAGGCUCAAGAUAUGUAGUCCUCCCACGCCCAGUGUGUUUUGAAAAGGGACUGAAUUAUACUAUUCGUCUGGAGCUCCCACAGUAUUCCACCCUGGAUACUGAGAUGGAAAGUCCAUAUACCCUCAUUGAUUCUCUUGUUCUUAUGCCUUACUGCAAAUCACUGGACAUAUUCACGGUUGGAGGCUCAGGAGAAGAUGCAGUCACUAACAGUGCUUGGGAAACCUUUCAAAGAUAUCGGUGCCUGGAAAACAGCAGGAGUGUGGUGAAAACCCCAAUGACAGAUGUCUGCAAGAAUAUUAUUUUCAGUAUCUCUGCAUUGUUACAUGAGACAGCAUUAACUUGCCAGUGCAACCCUCAAGGCUCAGUAAGUUCAGUGUGUGACCCUAAUGGAGGACAAUGUCAUUGCCGUCCAAAUGUUGUUGGAAGAAAAUGUGACAGAUGUGCUCCUGGCACUUAUGGGUUUGGACCUAAUGGCUGCAAAGCUUGUGAAUGUCACGUUCAAGGCUCUGUUCAUUCCUUCUGUCACUCUGAGACUGGCCAGUGCCACUGCUUCCAUGGAGUAUAUGGUCGUCAGUGUGAUCAGUGCUUACCGGGAUACUGGGGCUUUCCCAGCUGUCAGUCUUGCCAGUGUAAUGGCCAUGCAGAUGGCUGUGAUCCCUACACUGGGGAGUGCUUGAAUUGCCGCGAUUACACAGUGGGUCACAACUGUGAAAGGUGCCUUGGUGGCUUUUAUGGAGAUCCUGUCCUGGGAUCAGGUGAUCAUUGUCGGCCUUGUCCUUGCCCAGAUGGCCCAGAAAGUGGGCGUCAGUUUGCCAGCAGCUGUUAUCAGGAUCCUAUUACUCUACAAGUUGUGUGCGUCUGUAACAUGGGGUACACAGGAAGCAGAUGUGAGGCAUGUGCUUCUGGCUUCUUUGGAAACCCCAAUGAGAUUGAUGGAGCCUGCCAGGAGUGCCCCUGUAAUGACAACAUCGAUGCGACUGACCCAGAGGCCUGUGACAAGCAGUCUGGGACCUGCCUGAAGUGCCUGUAUCAUACAGAGGGUGAACACUGUCACCUCUGUAAAGAUGGGUAUUAUGGUGAUGCGCUGCAGCAGGACUGUAGAAAGUGUGUCUGUAAUUACUUGGGCACGGUGCAAGAGCAUUGUAGCACCUCGGAGGACUGUAAGUGUGAGAGAACAACAGGUCAGUGCCAUUGCCUUCCCAACGUAAUCGGGCAGAACUGUGAUCGUUGUGCACCAAACACUUGGAAGCUGGCUAGCGGAACUGGCUGUGAACGGUGUGAUUGUGAUAUCACUCGUUCCUUUGGGCCAUCAUGUAACGAGUUCACUGGACAGUGUCAGUGCAUGCCUGGGUUUGGCGGUCGCACCUGCAGUGAGUGUCAAGAGUUCUUCUGGGGUGAUCCUGAUGUGGAAUGCCAAGCUUGUGACUGCGAUCCCCGUGGCAUCCAGACCCCUCAGUGCAAUCGCUCCACAGGGUUGUGUGUCUGUAACGAAGGGGUUGAGGGUCCUCGCUGUGACAAGUGCACCCGUGGCUACUCCGGCUUCUUCCCUGAUUGUGCACCAUGCCAUCAGUGUUUUGCUCUGUGGGACAUUAUCAUCCGUGAGCUGACCAACAAGACCCAGAGGUUCCUGGACAGAGCAAAUGCCCUGAAAAUCACUGGGGUCAGUGGCCCUUAUCAGCAGACACUGAACAACCUGGAGGAGAAACUGAAUGAAAUUAAAAAUAUUCUUGCUCAAAAUCCAGCUGCUGAGCCCCUAAAGAACAUUGGCAAUCUCUUUGAGGAAGCUGAAAAACUCAGAGCAGAUGUUACAGAAAAGAUAACCAACCUAGAAGAAGAGCUAUCAGUGAUAGCGCUGAAUAGCAAUGGCACAGACACUGAAUUGAGUGCCCUCGAGACAGAUGCCAAGAGCUUAGACCGCGUUGUGAAACUACUUGCGGAACAACUAGAGUUAAUAAAAAUCUCUGAUGUGCGAGGAGCCUUGGAUAGCAUCACCAAGUAUUUUCAGACGUCCCUGGCAGCAGAAGAAAGGGUCAAUGCCUCCACCCUUCACCCUGACAGCCUGGUAGAACAGUCAGCUCAACUGCGACAGGAAGUGGAAGACUUGAUGGAUGAGAGAGAAGCCCAGUUCAAGGCUAAACAAGAGGAGCAGUCACACCUCCUGGAUGAACUCGCAGGCAAGCUGCAAAAUCUGGAUCUUUCUGAAGCAGCUGCAAAGACAUGUGGAACUCCCUCAGGGGCUUCCUGUGCUGAAUCAGUGUGUGGCGGUUUGAACUGCAGAACAGAAGAAGGAGAAAAGAAAUGUGGAGGCCCAGGCUGUGAGGGGCUGGUUACUAUGGCCCACAGCACGUGGCAGAAAGCCAUGGAUUUUGACAGGGAUGUACUCAGCGCACUGGCAGAAAUUGAACAGCUCUCCAAACUGGUCUCGGAGGCAAAAUUGAGAGCUGAUGAAGCAAAGCAAAAUGCACAAGAAGUUUUGCUCAAAACCAACGCUACAAAAGAGCAAGUUGACAAAAGCAAUGAAGAUCUGAGAAACCUCAUUAAGCAAAUCAGGGAAUUUCUGAUGCAGGAGAGUGCAGAUCUGGACAGCAUUGAGGCAGUUGCUAACGAAGUGUUAACCAUGAACAUGCCAAGCACCCCCAAGGAAUUGCAAUCCUUGACUGAAGAUAUUCGUAAGCGUGUGGAAAGCCUUUCUGAUGUAGAGGUUAUUCUUCAACAAAGCGCUGGAGAUAUAGCCAAAGCGGAGAUGCUGCUAGAUGAAGCUAAAAAAGCAAGCAAGAGUGCAACAGAUGUUAAAGUCACGGCAGACAUGGUUAAAGAAGCACUGGAAGAAGCUGAGAAAGCUCAAAAUGCAGCUGAAAAGGCCAUCAAGCAAGCUGAUGAGGACAUCAAAGGAACCCAGGACCUGCUCACUUCUAUUGAAUCUGAAAAUGCAGCAUCUGAAGAAACACUAAACAAUGCUACUCAACGUUUGACUGAGCUAGAGAAGAGUAUGGAAGAGCUUAAACAGAAAGCUGCUGCCACUUCAGAGAAUGUGGAAGAGAUUGAACAAACAGUUUCGACUGUGAAACAAAAUGCAGAAGAAGUUAAACAGGUACUGGACAGGGAGUUGAAUGACAAAUAUAAAAGAGUGGAAAACCUGAUUGCCAAGAAAGCAGAAGAGUCUGCUGAAGCCAGGAAAAAAGCUGGAAUACUGCAAAAUGAAGCUAAAGCACUGUUGGCCCAGGCAAACAACAAACUCCAGCUACUCAAGGAUCUGGAGGACACAUAUGAGAACAAUCAAAAAGUGUUGGAAGACAAAGCAAAGCAACUGGUGGAGCUGGAAGAGACAGUGCGCUCCCUCUUACAGUCCAUCAGCCAAAAAGUUGCAGUUUACAGCACAUGCUUGUAACUGUGGGGAAACUGCCUGUUCAAGCAUUAAAUUUGUUCACUGUUGACCUCACAUGAAGACGGUGACAGGUUCUAACCAGAGUUUAAGUCAUAAAACCAAAGACAAGUAACUUUUUUAUAUUGAAAAUAAAAGCACAGUACUUUUGUAUCCCUGUAUGUAUGUAGUAUGAUUCAUUAACUCCAUUGUUAAUUUUACUAAUGCACCUAGAGACAAUAUCUCUUUAGCUUCUGCAAAUCUUGUUUAACCCAGUUAGAAUAUUCUAAUAAAACUGUCACUCAA